AUGGCAGUGUCUGCCGCUCUCAAUAUGAGACCUAUAUUUGCUGGUUACCCAUUCCAAGGACAGGGCCGAGUGAAUCAAUUAGGGGGUGUCUUCAUCAACGGACGACCCCUCCCCAACCACAUUCGUUUGAAAAUCGUGGAGAUGGCUGCUUCCGGUGUCCGACCAUGCGUCAUCAGUCGACAGCUACGAGUCUCACACGGAUGCGUAUCGAAAAUCCUAAACAGAUACCAGGAAACUGGCAGCAUACGUCCUGGAGUAAUCGGCGGAAGUAAACCCCGUGUUGCCACACCGGAAGUGGAGAAAAAAAUUGAAGAAUAUAAAAGAGACAAUCCUGGUAUCUUCAGUUGGGAAAUUAGAGACCGAUUGAUCAAGGAGGGAAUCUGUGACAAGAGCUCGGCCCCCAGCGUCAGUUCGAUCAGCAGGGUGCUGCGCGGAUCCAGGCACGGAUCCAGGUCCGGAGAUUCCGGGAGCGACUCCGGCUGCGACGGGAGCAAAAAAGCCGACCACAGCAUCGACGGGAUCCUUGGAGGACGCUUGGUGAAUGACGAUUCGGACUGCGAUUCCGAGCCUGGCAUCCCCUUGAAGCGGAAACAGCGCCGUUCCAGAACCACCUUCAGUGCUGAGCAGCUAGAGGAGCUGGAACGAGCUUUCGAGCGAACCCAGUACCCCGAUGUGUACACCAGAGAAGAACUGGCUCAGAGAACCAGACUCACCGAGGCCAGAGUUCAGGUCUGGUUCAGCAAUCGUCGAGCUCGAUGGAGGAAACAGGUGGGCGGUCAGCAAAUAUCGGCAGCCUUCUCGUCUGCUCCUACCCUGCCUUUGGGAGUGACGUACCCUCCUAACGCACACUGCUUCGAACCUGCCUCGAAUUCCCUGCAACACCACGAAAGCAACAGCUGGCAUCGGUCUCAAAACUUAGCAACCGCCUCAUCAGCCAACGUCCAAACAUCUUUCGCACAAAAUCAUCCUCAUCAUUCUGCGUAUUCUGCUUUGCCGCCUGAAUCCUGCGUCAACUCCUCACAAAUGUUCUCCAUCCUGGGCAAUUCUGGUUCCUCGGCGAAUCCCACCAGCUCUGAGUUCCCACACAUCCCCCCCAUAUCCACGGGGGACAUGUCCUGGAGCGCCCCGGCGCGCCCCAUGGGGGUGCCGGAGAGCGCCCCCGCUGCCGCCUGGAAUCACCCCACUUUCCCGACGACGACGGAAAAUUUUGGGAUGUUGGGCAAUUCUGAACAAUUUAUGAACACAACUUUCAACAACCUCCAACCUCAUUCUUUCGUCCCCAUCGACAUGAAAGGCACCUUCUCCUACGGCUCUCAGUUUCCUACAGAAUAUGGAUAG